AUGCAGGUAUGCUGGGAGAAAUUUGCUAGGUAUUUUGAGGUGGAGUUGAAGGAGGUGAAACUGAGAGAUGGUUACUAUGUGAUGGACCCUGAUAAAGCUGUGGAGAUGGUGGAUGAGAACACAAUCUGUGUGGCUGCUAUCUUGGGCUCCACCCUUAAUGGAGAGUUUGAAGAUGUUAAGCGCUUGAACGACCUCUUGAUCGAGAAGAACAAGCAAACUGG